AUGGAUUAGUGAUCAAAACAACGGUGAUUAGAGCUAUUAAUUCAACUUUGGUUGUUCUGAACUGUUUCUGUAAUUCCUUCCCAUUAAACAAAAACAACAAAAUUCAUCUUAAUUUGAAAUCCUUACAGCUUUUCGGUUCAUAUUUUCCACAAUCAAAUUGUUCAUAAAUAUCUUACCAACAAGGCCAAGAACAAGAACAAGAAGAAGAAGAACAAGCACAAAAAAAUAGAGUAAUCGUGAAAAUGGAAGGGGAAAUGGGCAGCCGAAUUCAGCAGGUACUGGCCGCGGAGGAGCUGCUGCGAGAGAUCCAGCAGCCAUUAAUGGAAAACUCCCCAACAAUGGCUUCAAAGCCAACAAAAACACCAACCCAAAAAGCCAUUAGAAAGACCUUCAAAGGCACAGCCCACUUAGCCAACCUCCUCCCCACAGGCACCGUCCUCGGCUUCCAAAUUUUGUCCCCAAUUUUCACGCACCAAGGCCACUGCCUCACCAGUGUCAGCCAAACCGCCACCCUCGCCCUCGUCUUGCUCUGCGCCUUGUCCUGUUUUUUCCUCAUCUUCACCGACAGUUUCAGGGACAAACGUGGCAAAGUCCGAUAUGGGGUCGCCACAUUUCAUGGCUUGUGGGUUAUUGAUGGCUCAAUCACCCUUCCCAAAGAAGAGGCUGCUCAAUACAGGCUUCGCUUCAUCGAUUUCUUUCAUGCCAUCGCUUCUCUCUUGGUGUUCAUAGCUGUUGCUCUGUUCGAUCAAAAUGUUGUCAACUGUUUGUAUCCAACACCGUCCGAUGAAACAAGGGAGCUCUUGGUUGUGUUGCCUGUCGCCGUUGGUGUCUUCUGCAGCUUGUUGUUUAUUGUUUUCCCCACCAAACGACAUGGCGUUGGCUUUCCCCUCUCCCGUGAAUAGCAACCCAAAUGCCCUUUCAAUCAGUAUUCUACACUCAUGAUUGUUCUUAUUUGAUUCAAUACUCGACACACAUUUGUUGUACUAACCGUGGUACCACAAUCUUCAAUACUCUGAUACCAUUUGUUGUAUCCUAAUU